AUGGUGGGGAAGACAACCUCGAGUUACGACUGCGUCGGGAUGGAUUACUUUCCAGGCCUGCGCUCUGGCACGAAGGGCGUGGCGGCCUCCUUCCGCUUCGCGCGGCGCGGCGCCGGGCUCCUCUGCCUGGCAGGCGCGGGCGCCAGCGAGGCCGCCUCCUUCGUGCUCGUGCCGCUCUUUGCCGCCAGGCUCCCCGGGAGCCUGAUCCCGGUCACGGCGCAGUCGCUGCUCGGCUUCAGCAUGCUCUUCAGCGCGCUGCUCCUGCAGCGGCGCUUCGGCGCGCUGCAGGUGCUGGGCGUCGUGGUGGUUGCUGCCGGGGUAGCUUCAUGCACACUGCUCGGCGCCAGCACCGGCGGCACGGUGGCGGCAGGCGGCGCGGCCGCCGAGCUGGGGAAGCGGUUGCUGGUGUUGCGGAACGUGGCGGGGCUUGCUUGCGGCUACGGCUUUAUCUCCUUCUCGCUCGCGCUGAAGGAGGUGGCGUUCUUGAGGUACCGACAGCGCGAGGAGGACGGGCUGAACGCCGGCGUGGUGAAUUUUGUGGUGGCGUUCUGGCAAGGGUUGGGCUUGUUCUUGCUGUGGCCCAUGAAUUUCGCCCUGAUCACGCAGCUCAGCCCUCAGGCCUACUUCGCCGGGGCGCGGGUGGCCUUCCGCGGGGCGCUGGCCGUGCUGGUUCCCUACCUGGCCGUGAACCUGGUGUACAACGUGAUGACCACAGCCGUGCUCCGAGGGCUCUCGGCAAUG